GAGGAAGAAGGAGAGGUGAUGAAGUUUAAGACAAGAAGUUUCAUCAUUCAUAGGAUGUUUAAGAAAAAGGUGGGCGUGUGUUUGAAGAAGAUAAAUGAAGACUCUCAAGCAUAGUUGCAGGUCUUCCCUUUCUCCACGAUGGACGGCUCUGGAGGUCCUCCCCUCUGCUUCCCCAACCUCAACUCCUCCUGCAGGCGGCUGCUGCGACCCACCUCCCAGGCCGCUCUUCUCUACACCCUGCUGGCUUCAGUCUCACUGCUCACUGUGGUGCUCAACCUGCUCGUGGUCAUCUCCAUCUCCCACUUCAAGCAGCUCCACACCCCGACCAAUGCCCUGCUCCUGUCCCUGGCCGUGUCCGACCUGCUUUUGGGGUUGCUGGUGAUGCCCAUUGAGGGCCUGCGCUACAUCGAGACGUGCUGGCUGCUGGGGAGGCUGAUGUGUGCUCUCAGUCCUUAUUUGUCUUACUGCUUCCUCUCUUUUUCUCUGGACAGCAUGGUGCUCAUAUCUGUAGAUCGCUAUAUAGCCAUCUGUGACCCUCUGCUCUAUUCCUCAAAGAUCACAGUGAACAGAGUGAAGCUUUCAGUCUGUUUCUGCUGGGUCUGCUCUCUUCUCUACAAUGGCUGCAUUCUCAUGGAACACUUAGGGUCGCCGGACAGGUUCAGCUCCUGUCACGGGGAGUGUGUUGUGUUCAUCAGCUACACUUCAGGCACAGUAGAUCUCUUUUUGUCAUUUGUUGCCCCCUUUGCUGUAAUGUUUGUUCUGUACAUGAGGGUGUUUGUGGUUGCUGUUUCUCAGGUGCGUGCCAUUCAGUCACAGGUGGCUGUGAGAGCAGCUCCAGCUGCUAAAACAUCAGAGUUGAAGGCAGCCAGGACACUCGGGAUUUUGAUAGCUGUGUUUCUAAUGUGCUUCUGCCCUUAUUAUUAUCCUUCCUUUACAGGUGAUGACACCUCUACAAGCUUGCCUUAUUACGCUGUGCUGUUUUGGAUCAUGCUAAUAAAUGCUUGUGUGAACCCUGUGAUUUAUGUUCUGUUUUACCCCUGGUUUAGAAGAGCUAUCAGAUUCAUCGUCACCCUCAGAAUACUGCAGCCUCACUCCAGAGAGGUCAAGAUCCUGUAGGCAGCGCAAUACAACUUAAUCAUUUUUCAACUUUCAUGAUAAAUUUUCACCUUUAAAUGUGGGUGUACAUCUGCCCAGCAUCACCUUUUGUUCAGUACAUAAUGAGCAGCAGCGCAGACCCGCGCAGGUAGUGCCCCUGUAUGCAGAUCUCCUGUGCACCUGAAAAUUGCAGGAAUUAAACGCAUGCACUGACCUUUAAUAUAACUCCUCAUAAAUAUGUGCUAAGUUGCAAUAAAAGAGGUUAGUCAGUUUGCUUCCUGUUAAUGGCUUUUUUUCUUCAUAAUCUCUGUGAAGGUAUUAAAGUCUGCUUAUUUGUUGUCAUUUAUUGUCACACAGUCUGACUGUAAAGGGCUCUUUCAGACUUUACUUUGCUGAAUCAAAAACAUUGUCAUUGUAUGAGAAAUACCUGCAGCCGUCUUACUCUUUCAAUCUGAAAAUCUUUCAGUAUGUUAAAUAUGAUGUCUAACAAACCA